AUGGAAUUAUGGAAUUAUGUCCUUAACUGGGGGAUGGCCCAAACUACGGAAUUACGAGGAAAGACGAUUACGAAUUUAAGGUUUUGGAAUGAAGAGGAUUAUAAUGCUUUAAAAAGUACUUUGGAUCCAUUUAUUAAACACAUUCGAUUCUUCGACAUUUCCGCAAGAAAUUUUCACGUAAAGAUUUGGCCACUUAGGAAGGUGUUACCUGAAGCACUCUUCGAUGAUCUUGUGUCAUUUCAUAGGUCAAAUGAUAGUCCUAAUAGAAAUCAAUUGGCUCAUCGUCAUGGACGAAUUACUGUAGAUUCAUUAAUUAUAGAACCAAAGCAUGCGUAUAUCCUUGCUAACUGGAUUCAAAGAAAAGAUCCCAAUACGAGGAUUCCAAAGGAUAUUCAAUAUAGCUUUAACCUUAUCUAUCGUGGAAGUAGAGAUGGCUACGAUAACCAAAUCAUACGUAGUAAAUGUCAUGGACAUGAAGCAUGCAUUUUGGUUAUUAAAACUAAAAUGGAUGAAAUGAUAAUUGGUGGUUAUAAUCCUUGUGGUUGGAAAUACUAUGAUGAAAGUUCGAGUACUGAUCCUUAUUUUCAUGAUUUUGAAGAAUUUAGUUAUGCCGAAAGUUUUAUUUAUACUUUAGAUGAUGGAAACGAUUUAAAUGAUGCUAAAAUUAGUCGAAUUAUGAAUACCAAUUUUGCAAUAAGUGAUAAUUCUCGUAAUGGACCAUUGAGGUUUGGUAAUAGAGAUCUGGUUAUCGAUCAAAAUACUGGUACAUGCCAUCACACUUAUUAUGAAAGACCCAUUUUAGAUAGACAUAAGUUUACCAUCGAUGAAAUGGAGAUUUUUGAAUUUUGUAAAGGGUGA